CGGCGGCGGCGGCUGGACCGGGCGGAGCGUGGCGUGGCUAGCGGGCGUUAUGGCCAAAGGCAGGAGCAAGAUGUCCAAAGCCAAGCAAGGCAGAGGCGGCGGCGAGCAGCAGGCGGCGGCGGACUGCGCCGAGAAGCGGGGCCCCGGCCGGCCCAGGAUGAACGGGGAGAACAUAUUUUCUUGUCAGUCCAAAAUCCAUACCUAUCUGAGCCCGAGCAAACCUCCGGCGGUCCGGCCUCCACUUCAAGAAGAAAACUCGGCCACGCAUCACGAGGCAAAGUGCCUGAGCAAAGCGUCCCGGGAAGAGGACGACAGGAUCAAUAUUGGCCAUGCAGCCGACGGUGCUAUGAAAUCCGAGGGCCCGAAUGACAAAGCGGCUGGCUGUGAGUCUCCAGCGUCCGCCUCCGACACCAAACUAGAAGCCACUGCGUCUCCGGAAGCCCUGCCCUCCAAGACCGUUGACACGGCCAGCCAAAGGCCAGCCCAGAAGAAGGGCAUCUCGUCGAAGGGCGGCCCCAAGAGAAAAGCCCAAGGGAAAACGCAGCAGAACCGGAAGGUUACAGAUUAUUACCCUGUACGAAGAAGCUCCCGGAAGAGUAAAAAAGAAUUGCAGAUCGAGGAGAAGAAGCAGAUAGAUGAAUUGAUAGAAAGUGGGAAAGAAGACGGCAUGAAGAUCGACGUCAUCGCCGGCAAGGGACGAGGGGUCGUUGCGACCAGGCCGUUCAGACGGGGCGACUUCGUGGUCGAAUAUCACGGGGAUCUCAUUGAGAUCACAGACGCCAAGAAGCGGGAGGCCGCCUAUGCCCAGGACCCGUCCACUGGCUGCUACAUGUACUACUUCCAAUUCCUGAGCAAAACGUACUGCGUCGAUGCCACAAAAGAGACGAAUCGCCUGGGAAGACUGAUCAACCACAGCAAAUGUGGCAACUGCCAGACGAAGCUGCACGCCCUCGGCGGCAUCCCGCACCUCAUCCUGGUGGCUUCCCGGGACAUUGAAGCAGGCGAAGAGCUCUUGUACGACUACGGGGACAGGAGCAAAGCGUCCCUGGAGGCUCAUCCGUGGCUGAAGCACUAGCCGAGGGCCACCGCUCUGGCGCUGGCACAAGCCUUCCUAGGUGCGCCGUUUUCUUUGCAAGAGGACUUGAUGGCUUUGUUUACAGCUCUUGUGGUAGAGAUCCCUCCCGAAGUCUGCCUCAUAAGGAAGGCUUCAGGCGCCUGUUGCUGGGGCGUCUCUGUGUCUUUGGCUGAACAGACUUCGAGCAGAAUUCCAGGUUAUAUUGUUUUGUAUGUAUUGGGAUCAUCUGGAUCCCCUCCUCCUCCUCCCCUUCAUAUAAUAAGAGAUUUAUCCGAGCUUCCAGACAGUGCAUGUGGAAACUAAUAGGGAGGGGAUGCUCUUUUUGAGGUCUCUCCACGUUGGGGGCCACGUUUCUGCUCAUGGGGUGAAGGGGAAAAGAGGAUCCUGUUAAAGGCCAGGGCCAGAAUCAGGUGAGCGUGGCCCGGCCUGGCCCAACCCAGCCCAGCCCAGCCCAAUUUGGGGGAUGUCUGCGGAUACCUGUUCCCCUCCUCUGCUUCGGGAUGUGUGCUAGUUGCAUUUAGCAACCUUGGCUGGGAUGUCUCUUGAGUUUUGCAGGUGCCUGAAGGGAGCGGUCAGAUCCCGCCACCGAGAGGAUACCCAGGAACUCCUCGGUCAGCGGCGACUGUGUGGGCAGAGGGGCUUCCCCACUGGCCUUUCAGAAGUCGCCCACUGUGCUCCCGUCACUGGCACCACAGCCUCCUUUUCGGUCAGGAGGAAGAAAACCUGGGUGAGACCGUCCAGGGACUUGACUCAGUAGUGCCCAAUUUUUACGUCCGCUGGCAGGACGCCCUUCGGCCUUCAACCGAGCCCUGGAAAGCCUGAAGGUGGCCCAGAACGUGGCCAAUCUGUCGGACGAAGGGAAGUCUUGUCUGGGGGUUCUAGGGCGUCCCGAGGGAACGGAAAGGCUCCCUGUAUUUCACAGCCAAGUUCUGUUGACUGUCGUGUGGGGUUCUUGCCUUCCAAGGCCUUGGCUUCUUCUAGGCCUGUAAAAACCAUUUGCUCCAAAAUGCAUGUGCCAGGAAGUGUGGAAGGUCUUAGGGAAGAGCUGGGAGG